GAUGGGUUCCAGUAAAGAAGAAUCUCUACUCGUGCAAGGACCUUCCAGUCGCUAAAUCAGUGACCAGUUAGAUAGCAUCUGCCAUAAUCCAAAAAGACGCUGAAGGAUACUCUGUACAUGCCAGUUUCCGGGAUAUACUCAGAUAAUCAGAUAUACAACAAGAGGUACAAACAGCAUCAUGUGGAUUUAUAAAUUUCUCCUGUGCGUCGCGCUUCUCGUUUACUCAGAGAGCAAGCGGAACCCUCUUCAGGACUAUCAGAAGAGCGAUGGUGUUCGCCUAGUGACCCCAUCCGAGUCCUACCAGACCAAGAUGAAGCGCUUAAGUCUGGUAAAGUGUGCCCGUAGAUGCAGAGGGAACAGGAAGCUUCCAUGCAGGGCCUUCAGUUAUGAUCACAAAAACAGGAAAUGCCACUGGCUCUCGUUUGACGGCCUCACUCCGGGAAUACACACGGAGAAGGACUUCAACUUUGACCUUUACGAGAAGAAAGACUAUGUGAGAGAGUGCAUCGUUGGGACUGGGCAGAACUACAAAGGAAGGAGGUCUUUGACGGAGAGCGGCGUGCGGUGCCAGCACUGGGGCUCAAUCAUCCCACAAGAACACAACUUCCUGCCAAGGAAGAACAGGAAGAAGGACCUCCGGGAGAACUUCUGCCGUAACCCAGACAACGCCACCAGCGGGCCCUGGUGCUUCACCAUGGAUCCUGAGGUCCGUCUGCAGGCCUGUGGUCUUCCGCAGUGCUCCGAGGUGGAGUGUGUGAGCUGCAAUGGUGAGAGCUACAGAGGGCCCAUGGACCACACAGAGAGUGGCCGCGAGUGCCAGCGCUGGGACCUGGACGAGCCCCACAAACACGACUACCACCCGAAGAGCCACCCGUACAAAGGCCUGAAAGACAACUACUGCAGGAACCCCGAUGGACGCCACAGGCCCUGGUGUUUCACCACAGACCCCAAUAAGAUCUGGGAGUACUGCAGCAUCAAAGAAUGUGAGACCAGCGCUCUCAGCGAGAGCGACACGACGACACACUGUUACCGUGGCCGCGGCCAGGGGUAUCGCGGGGACGUGGGAGUGACUCCUGGUGGCCUGAUCUGCCAGCGCUGGGACUCUCAGUUCCCCCACCAGCACCAGUUCAUCCCACAGAACUACCGCUGCAAGGACCUACGGGAGAACUACUGUAGGAAUCCUGAUGGCCGUGACCUUCCCUGGUGCUACACGACGGACCCUAACGUUCCAAUAGCCUACUGUAGCAACAUCCCCCACUGCGAGACCUCCGAAACAAAGAAGUGUUAUGAGGGCAACGGAGGGUCGUACAGAGGAACCCUAUCUGUGACCAGGUCGGGCAUUCCUUGCGCCACCUGGAAAGGCCGCUCUGAGAGUACCAGCAAGAGCACAGAUGCGGCAGUGCUGAGCAUUGACCCGGAGGAGAGCUACUGCCGGAACCCAGAUGGUGAUAAGCACGGGCCCUGGUGCUACACCAACAACUCCUUCAUCCGCUGGGACUACUGCAACAUCAAGCCCUGUGAACCCUCAAUGAACAGCCUCCCACAAAUCGCUGAGGUCCCCAAGAAAUCUUGUGCCAUUCAUAUCUCCGUCCGUAUCGUGGGAGGGGGACCAACCCCACCUGAGGAGGGCAGCUGGAUGGUUAGCAUCCAAAAGGGGAACAGUCACUGGUGUGGAGGGUCUCUGAUCCGUGAACAUUGGGUGCUGACAGAUCGGCAGUGUUUCUCCUCCUGCGUGCCUGACUUGACUGAGUACAAGGUGAUCCUGGGAGCGGCUCACCUCAACGCGUCUGUGCAGACCGAGCAGGAAGUGAGGAUCGCCUACAUCCUGUGCGGCCCAGAAGGUUCCGGCCUGGCCAUGCUGCGGCUCACGGAGCCUGCUCUUGCAGUAUCAAACAUUCGGUUCAUCCAGCUGCCUGUAGCAGGCUGUACUAUCCCUGAGAGCACUAUGUGCACUAUGUAUGGCUGGGGAGAGACCAAAGGCACUGGGUACGAGGACGUGCUGAAGAUGGUGAAACUGCCGAUCGUUAGCAACCAGAAGUGCCGUGAGAACCACCGAGGGAGCUUGCAGAUAGGCGACAACAAAGUGUGUGCGGGCGGACGCAGAGACGAGGGGGUGUGUGAGAAAGACUACGGCGGCUCGCUGGUGUGUGAAGACCGUGGGAGUAAGGUCAUCAUUGGCGUAAGUGUCCACGGCCGAGGUUGCGCCCGCCACAAUCGCCCCGGGAUCUUCGUCAACGUGGCAUACUACGCCAACUGGAUCCAUAAAGUGUACCGACAAUACCCAGAACAGAACUACUUUAAAUAAGUGUCAGCAGCACAUGUCUUCGGGAAAGGUUGGACAUUUACUCAAAAGGCUUCUGAACUUGGUAGUUCCUGAAGGUUAAAACCUUGAAAAUACAAGAGCCUGGUGGGAACAGUGUGAAUUGACUCCCAGUUAUGUAACGCAAACAACAGCAGUGGCCUCAGACACUACAGGGGGUCGCUUUCCAGCAAGAGCAAAGAUGAUCCUGGCAAAACUCUGAACUACUGGACCUGUGAUCGCCAUCAACCAAGAUCAGAAUCUGACUGAGCAAAAUCCUACUUAAUCUGGAACUGUGUAACACAGAAGGUCAUCUAGUAUUCAACUUCUGUCGGUGUAGACAAGUGUGUGUGUGUGUGUGCGUGUGUGUGUGUGUGUGUGUGUGUGUGUCUGUGUGUGUGUCUGUGUGUGUGUUUCUGUGUUUUUUUGUUUGUGUGCGUGGAGAGGAGAGGCUUUGAUAAGAUCAGUAAGCCUGGAUUCCGUUUGCGUCUCUGUGGCCAGGAGAUGGCCUCUAAAGCGAGAUCAGUGGAUUUGAUACGGCUUUUACCAGGCAUGGGCUAGGAUGUGCUUGGGGCAUUCCGCCAACCGUGGCUUCAACAAAAGCUCUAUCCAAUCUACCAUAAUACGUUCUUACGGUGGCAGUGUAGAGUUCUACAAAGGGACUGUAGGCCUCCGGAAUAUUGUCUCCUGAAACUACUUGAAUUGUUUAUGGAACGGUGAGAUGAUUGCUCUGAUUUUUUUUUUCUGAAUAGGCUGGGACAUUUACUUGGCUCACACUGUAGAGCACUUUGCUGCAGAAUCAGUUUUUUUUUCCUUUUGGCUCAGAUAUCGAAUGUUGUAAUGUUCAACAUCCUGUUAUAUGUAAUAUACAACUUGUUAUAAAGCCUGCAUACACCUGUUGUAAUAUCACUAUAGCAGCCCUUUACAACAUCAGGAUAUCUGUAAAAAAAACAAUGUAACAGUAUCUUAAGCAGCUGUUGAUAAUGUAUUAUUUGAAGUGAAGUGUUACUGUGUUGUACAUAAUUGUGUGGGUGUUUCUAUCACUCUGUAUGGUUCUAUGGGUCUUAUAGACCUUUUCUAUGAAAACAUGCUGGCCUCUUCAUUUGAGAGUAUUGUUUUGGUCAGAUUUAAUUAAAUGGGAAAAUGAAACAAUUCAUCCAGUCAGUUUUCUUAGCGAGUAAUUCAUUUGGAUUUCGCUCCCAGUACAUAAAAGUGAUAUUUCUAAAAUAAUCUUGAAAAAGAAAAGGCCAGUACAGAGAUAGUGUGUGUUUAUGUCAUUUGUUUCUAUGUUUAUAACCCUGGGAGGUGUGUCUGUGUAUGAUGUAGCAAACCUCAGAGGAGUACUGCGGUAUUACCGGAGAUGAGUAACACUCUGCAGGGCAGAGUAAGUGUGUGUGUGUGUAUGUGUGUGCGUGUGCGUGUGCCUGUGCGUGUGUGUGUGCGUGUGUGUGUGUGUGUGUGUGUGUGUGUGUGUGUGUGUGUG